GCCUUCCGUCCCUCCCUUCGCUUGCACCGCCCUGGGCUGUGCGCAAGGGAGAGGCUGCUCCGGUUCCGUUCCUCCAAGCCGUCAUGUCCUUUCGUAAGGUUGUGCGUCAGAGCAAAUUCCGCCACGUCUUUGGGCAGCCUGUCAAGAAUGACCAGUGCUAUGAUGACAUCCGGGUUUCGCGAGUCACCUGGGACAGCACUUUUUGUGCUGUCAAUCCCAAGUUUGUGGCAGUGAUUGUCGAGGCCAGUGGAGGGGGGGCCUUUAUGGUGCUCCCGCUGCAAAAGACAGGGCGCAUUGAUAAAUCUUACCCUACCGUGUGUGGGCACACUGGACCAGUUUUGGACAUUGAUUGGUGUCCACAUAAUGAUCAGAUAAUUGCCAGUGGUUCUGAGGAUUGCACUGUUAUGGUAUGGCAGAUCCCGGAGAGUGGCCUCACAGUGCCUCUGACCGAACCAGUGGUGGUUCUAGAAGGACACUCAAAACGUGUGGGCAUCAUCACAUGGCAUCCAACUGCUCGCAAUAUCCUUCUGAGUGCAGGCUGUGAUAAUGUAGUUAUUGUGUGGAAUGUGGGCACCGCAGAAGAGCUUUACUACCUUGACAAUCUGCAUCCGGACAUCAUUUAUAAUGUCAGCUGGAACCGGGAUGGCAGCCUGUUCUGUUCAGCUUGUAAGGACAAAAGUGUGCGCAUCAUUGAUCCACGCCGUGGGCAAGUUAUAGCUGAGAGGGAGAAGGCCCAUGAAGGAGCACGGCCAAUGCGAGCCAUUUUCCUGGCUGAUGGGAAGAUCUUUACAACAGGCUUCAGCCGUAUGAGCGAAAGGCAGCUGGCUCUCUGGGACCCAGAAAAUCUUGAAGAACCUAUGGCAUUGCAGGAACUGGAUUCAAGCAAUGGGGCCCUUCUGCCCUUCUAUGAUCCUGACACCAACGUUAUCUACGUCUGUGGCAAAGGAGAUUCUAGCAUCCGGUAUUUUGAGAUCACAGCAGAAGCACCAUACAUCCACUUCCUGAACACAUUUAUUAGCAAAGAACCACAACGGGGCAUGGGUUGGAUGCCUAAGCCGGGUCUGGAUGUCAACAAGUGUGAGAUUGCCAGAUUUUACAAACUCCAUGAGCGCAAGUGUGAACCCAUUAUUAUGACAGUGCCAAGGAAGUCAGAUCUGUUCCAAGAUGACUUGUAUCCAGACACAGCUGGGCCAGAACCUGCCAUGGAAGCAGAGGAAUGGAUGGCAGGGAAGACAGCGCCUCCCAUCCUAAUCUCACUGCGUGAAGCCUAUGUGCCCACCAAACAGCGGGAUCUCAAGGUCAACCGAAGAAGCUUGUUGCCCGAGGGUCGCCCGACAGCCCCCUCCAACACUGGGCUGAGUGCCACACCUUCCAGUGCCAUGACUCCAGCCGCUGCCACAUCUGCUCUUAGUGUCACUCCUUCCAGUGGGGAAGGGAGGCAGCUUACUGAAGAGGUGUUGCGGGAAGUGGCAUCCCUGCGGGCGCUUGUGGCUGCACAGGGAGAGCGCAUUGCACGGCUAGAGUUGCAGCUGAGCCGCAUUGAGAAUGGUGAUGUCUAGUGGGCCUUGCCUCCCCCCCCAACCCAAGAGAACCUGACCAACAUGGAGGAUCUCACUUACUUCCCCUCCCUUUGAUCUGCCAGUAAUCCCUUCACAUUGCCGCCUCCUGCCCUGUGGGGUGAGACAGGGGCUUGCCCUCUCUUGCUGCUACUGGGAAUGUUUCUUGGGCUUUGUCUCGGACCAAAUCUCCCCUUCCUCUCAUUUCUGCACCCCAUAUUAUCCAAGGGGCCAUAUGCUAGUGCCCUAACCAUUGCUCCUUUGCCUUAUUCUGGUCAGGGGCCUAUUUCCUGUCCCAUUCCCAUGGAUGGGGCUGGCCUAGAUAUCACCCAGGGAGAUUAUUGGGGCUGUCUUGACAGCUUGGCCUGGCCUGCCUGUACCCUCCCACUGAGAAUAAGGCUGAGGUUCCUUAUGAGUCUCUCACGGCAAGUGUGUAUGUGCGGGGUGGGAGGGGGGAGCUUAUUAGAAGCCUGGGCCACCUAUGAGUCAGUGCCGAGGUGGGAUGCCUUUCCUCAGAUAGGACCAUUGAAAUCCCAUUGAGGAGUUUUCUGCUUCCUUGUCUGAACUUUUUGCAAUGAGAACAUGGAGAGAUGUCCAGUUAGGGCCUAGCUGUGAAAGAAGCCUGCUUUCUGGUCACAGCCCUCGGCCUACUGUCUCUGGAACCGCUCCUCUUUCUGUCUUCCAAAACACAGUGAGGAUGGAACAGGGGAAAUAAACUGUUCGGGGUUGAUAUCUAUAUUUUCAUUCCAAAUAAAAGUCUUUAUAGAACCAGA